UUUAGUUCAGAGAGGAAAAGUUGCUGUCCUGUUAAUCCUCAGGAUAUAAUAUCAUCGGGUCACUCCCUUUCAAGAUGACGACUUCAUGGAGUGACCGGCUGCAGAACUAUGCCGACCUACCGGCCAACAUGGACGGUGUGGCCAUGAAAAAGUAUCGACGAGAAGCUCACCACAGAGUGUUUGUUAACCGAAGCUUGGCCAUGGAGAAGAUCAAGUGUUUUGGUUUUGAUAUGGAUUACACUCUGGCGGUGUAUAAAUCUCCUGAGUAUGAGUCGCUGGGCUUUGAUUUGACGGUGGAGCGCCUGGUGUCCAUUGGCUAUCCACAAGAGCUGCUCAACUUUGUCUACGACCCCUCCUUCCCCACCAGAGGUCUGGUGUUUGAUGCGAUGUAUGGCAACCUGCUCAAAGUGGAUGCAUACGGGAACAUCCUGGUGUGUGUACACGGAUUCAACUUCUUGAGGGGACCUGACAUCAGAGAGCUGUACCCCAACAAGUUCAUUCAGCGUGGAGACACGGACCGCUUCUACAUCCUCAACACACUCUUCAACCUGCCUGAAACCUACCUCUUUGCUUGCCUGGUUGAUUUCUUCAGUAACUGCUCCAGAUACACAAGUUGUGACGCUGGCUUCAAAGACGGCGACCUUUUCAUGUCCUAUAAGAGCAUGUUCCAGGAUGUCCGAGACAGCGUGGACUGGGUUCAUUUAAAGGGAUCCUUAAAAGAAAAAACUGUUGAAAACCUGGAGAAGUAUGUGGUAAAGGAUCCGAAGCUUCCUCUUCUCCUCAGUCGCAUGAAUGAAGUAGCCAAAGUGUUUCUGGCCACUAACAGUGACUACAAAUACACAGAGAAAAUUAUGACCUACCUGUUUGACUUUGCCCACGGCCCAAAGCCGAGCACACCUCACCGGCCCUGGAAGUCCUACUUUGACCUGAUCCUGGUGGACGCCCGCAAGCCUGUGUUCUUUGGAGAGGGAACAGUGCUGCGGCAGGUUGACACUACCACAGGUCGGCUGAAGAUCGGCACAUACACUGGACCUCUGCAGCAUGGCAUUGUUUACUCAGGAGGUUCUUCAGACAUUGUGUGUGACUUGCUGGGUGCUAAAGGAAAGGACAUCAUCUACAUUGGAGACCACAUUUUUGGUGACAUCCUAAAAUCCAAGAAGCGCCAGGGCUGGAGGACUUUCUUGGUGAUACCUGAGCUGGCCCAGGAGUUGCAUGUGUGGACUGACAAGAGCUCCAUAUUUGAGGAACUUCAGUCGCUGGAAUGCUUCCUCGCUGAGCUUUACAAGCACCUGGACAGCAGCAGCAAUGAGAGGCCUGACAUCAGCUCACUGCAGAGACGCAUUAAGAAAGUGACCCAUGACAUGGACAUGUGCUACGGCAUGACGGGAAGUCUGUUUCGCAGCGGGUCCCGACAGACGCUGUUUGCCUCCCAAGUGAUGCGUUACGCGGACCUGUACGCCGCCUCCUUCAUCAACCUGCUCUACUACCCCUUCAGCUAUCUGUUCAGAGCUGCACACGUGCAGAUGCCUCAUGAGUCAACAGUGGAGCACGCCCAAGUCCACAUCAUUGACACCGAGUCGCCGCUGGCCACACGAAACCGCCACGACGUCGACUUCAAGGAGAUGGAGUGCAAACGGCACCAGCUGACUCGAUCCAUCAGCGAGAUCCAGCCCCCCCACUUCUUCCCUCAGCCUCCACAGGAGAUCACUCACUGCCAUGAUGAAGAUGAUGAUGAGGAGGAGGAGGAGGAGGAGGAGGAGGAGGAGGAGGAGUAGAGCAGAGAGGUCUGCAGAUUGCUGUCACAUCCAAUACAUCCUGCUUCCACAUGUCUGGUCUCCAAACUCACACACAUGACCCACCACCAUAUGCGAGACAGGAUUUUUGGAUUUCUGCAAGGAA